UAAUAUAGAGCGGUUUCUAUAUAUAUUUAAAAAAAAAAAAUUCGACAACUAAUAAUAUCAUUCUUGAUUGAAUUAUAUUUAAUUUUCUUAUUAUUUUUUUGGUAUUCAUAUUCAUAUUUUAAUCUUUAUCUUUUCCUUGGUUAAUAAUAUGUAAUUAUAGAUUUAUUAUUUAAGCCUUAAAUUAAUUUAUUUUAAUUCAUAAUUUUUUAUAUUUGUCUUUACUUUUUACAAACUUAUAUUUUUUAAUAAAAUUAUAUAAUUUUUAGUUUUAAGAAACUUUAAAAGCAAAGUUAAAAGUUUUUGGAUCCCUUGUUUUGAGAAUCUUGUCUUUAGUUCUAAAUUAACCUUAAAAAGGCUUUAACUGAAUACUUAAAUAGGUCCAUGAGUCUAUGACGGCGCGGAAAUAAGUCCGGGAAGGUGGACGGUUAUUUAAAGUCGCACUACUCUGUUAACCCCUAUUAAUAUUCGGUCGCUCCCCCAUAACGAAUCGUGUCCACGUCUCGUCUCUCCAUCUUCCACUUGAAACUUGCUUCCAAACCCUAGUCUAGCUUUGAUUCUUGUAACCAUGGAUUCUUCUCCUAAAAUCAAUCCUAAGAAACCAAUGCUAGUUGUCGGAAGCACGACCAACCCUAAACCCUACGGUGUCACCGGUCCGCCUCCCGGUUUCUCCUCCAAGCCGGGACUCAAGAGAUAUUCAGAUGACCGUGAUUCUAAUAACUUGUCUAUCAAGAAAUCUAGGACAGUGGUUAGCGCUCAAGAUGGUAAAAAGAUUGUUGCUUUGGAUGUUAAACCGUUGGCGAUCGUGGAAGCGGACACUCCGAGGCUUUCUAGACAGUUUUGGAAAGCAGGAGAUGAUAAUGAAGAUGAGCCUGUACCUCGCUAUUGUAGCAAUGAUGCGGCGGUUAGGGUUCAUCCUCAGUUUCUUCAUGCCAACGCCACUAGUCACAAGUGGGCACUUGGAGCUUUGGCCGAACUUUUAGACAAUUCUCUAGACGAGGUAUGUAAUGGGGCUACAUAUGUUCAUGUUAACUCAGCAACAAAUGAAAAAGAUGGGAAGAGCAGCAUUCUCAUAGUUGAAGACAAUGGAGGUGGGAUGGAUCCGGGUAGGUUUAGAGAGUGUCUUUCUUUGGGGUAUUCAAGAAAACGCAAUAUGGCUAAUAAAGUUGGUCAAUAUGGGAAUGGAUUCAAGACUAGUACAAUGAGGCUUGGUGCUGAUGCAAUAGUCUUCUCACGCUGUAGAGGAGCCAAUGGAAACAAAACAACACAGAGCAUUGGUAUGUUAUCAUAUACGUUUCUUUACGAGACAAGGAAAUGUGAAGCCAUUGUCCCCACGGUUGAUUUUGAGUUGGUAGAUAACUCCUGGAAGGAGAUAACAUACAACUCCACAGAUGAGUGGUUUGAUAAUCUAGAGACUAUAGUGAAGUGGUCUCCUUAUUCAACCCAAGACCAAUUAUUCGACCAGUUUGAUCACCUAGAAGAGCAAGGUACUAGGAUCGUGAUUUAUAAUCUAUGGGAUGAUGAUGAAGGGAAGCUGGAACUUGAUUUUGAUACAGAUCCUCAUGAUAUUCAACUAAGAGGAGUAAACAGAGAUGAGAAGAACAUAGAAAUGGCGAAAACGUAUCCUAACUCGAGGCACUUCCUAACGUAUCGCCACUCUUUACGUAGUUAUGUAUCGAUUCUGUAUCUUAGACUUCCUCCAAAUUUCAAAAUCAUUCUUCGUGGCAAAGAGGUGGAACAUCACAGCUUAUUAGACGACAUGAUGAUGACCGAAGACAAAACAUACAGACCUGUGCGUUCUGCAGAAUGUUCAUCAAACGAAGAAAUGGUAGCUGAUCUAAAGCUUGGCUUUGUGAAAGAUGCUCAUCAUCACAUUGACAUUCAAGGUUUCAAUGUUUACCACAAGAACCGUCUUAUUAAGCCGUUUUGGAGGGUAUGGAACGCUGCUGGAAGUGAUGGACGUGGUGUUAUUGGUUUAGUGGAAGCUAAUUUCAUACAACCAGCUCAUAAUAAGCAAGGGUUUGAGCGAACUGCUGUUCUUGCUAAACUUGAAAACCGAUUGCUCUCAUAUCAAAAGACCUAUUGGUCUUCAAGGUGCCACGAGAUUGGUUAUGCGCCAAGGCGGAAGCAAGCUAAUCAUGUAAGCUCCUCAACAGAGACUACUCGACAGGGGGAAAAGAAAUCAGAAGCACCUUUCAACAACGUCAAGCAUGAUAAGGGACCUUCUUCUAAUGCAGCACCAGCUCGAUUCAUGCAAAAUGGCCAACCAUCUGGUGGAAACCACCUAAACUCUCAGGGUGGUACACAACCAAGAGUUGUUGGUGACAGAAUGAUACCUGACAACAGGAUCAAGACCGAGAAACAUGGGCAUGGGAUAAGCUUCAAUGAAGCAAGGUCAGUUAAUCAAGCAGCCGAGUUGCAGAAGGUGAAAGACGAAUCAGCAAAACAUGUGGCUGAGUUGCAGAGACAGAGAGGACAGCUUGAGUCGCAAAACAAACAGCUAAAGGCUAAGAUUCAAGAUUUGGAGAAGUCAAAAGAUGACUCACAAAAACUUGUGUCUAGGCUAUUGAACCAGCUAAAACAGUCUGCAGCUAAGAUUCAAGACAUGGAGAAGACGCAGAAGGUAGCAAAUGACUCGGAAAAACUGGUGGUUGAAUUUUCUAACCAACUCAAGCAGUCAAAUGCUAAGAUUCAAGACUUGGAGAAGACACAGAAGGUUAAAGAGGAUGAAUCAGCAAAAUUGGUGAAUGAGUUGAAGAUACAGAAAGCACUGCUGGAAGAGGCCUUGAAGAAGGUGAGAGAUGGAUCAACAAAACUGGUAGAGCUGCAGAGAGAGAAAGCAAUGCUUGAGGAAGAAUCACAUAAGCUCAAACAGUCAGAAGCUAAGAUUCAAGACUUGGAGAAGUCGCAGAUUGAAGUGACUGCGAUCUUUCAAGAAGAAAGAGCACGUAGAGAUGUGAUUGAACAUGACUUGAGGAAGAUGCUACGGGUUAGUCCUUUAUUACCUAAACAAAUAUAUGGUACUUUUAAUUAUCUCCAUGCAUACUCAUUUCAUUUUGGUAAACGCUAUAGGGAUCUUCUGAUACCAUCCGUGCGCUAACCAUGAAAGUGAAUAGCCUCGAAGCUCAAAAAGCUAAACCAUAAGAAGAUACACAUGCAUAUGCAUUAAGCAUAGCUCUUCUAAAACUCGUUAUAGGUUUUAAAUAGUGUACCACAGUUGCUACGGUUUAGCACUCAUGUAAGUACAUUAGGCUUUCUCUUGAAACCAAAUCUUUUCUUUGUAAGACAAUUUUGAUUAAAUCUUUAAGCAUUUGGAAGACAGAAGGAGAGUGAUAGAUUUAGAGCAAGUUUAUAACAAAACCACAGACUUGAGAAAGUAGGCCCGAGCGUUCAGGGAUCCCUUUAGAUUUUGUAAAAUGGUCACAUUUGGAUAUUACAAAAAACUGCAUUGGUGGGUGUGAGUUGGGUCUUCCUGGAUUCGGGUUUUAACCGAAGUAAGCAAACUACUCGAUUUGAUUCAGAUAGUUUAUAUGUAAACUACUCAAACUUAUCUAAAAAAUAACUAAACCAAAAAAUACUCAAUAUAUAUGGUUUGAAUUAGUUAUUUUAUUGUUUAAAAGUAACCAUGGAUACAAUGUUAUUUAGGUAUUUUGAAUCUAAAACAUCCAUUUCUAUCUAUAAAUACCCAAAAUAAUUAACAAACUAGGUGGUAACCCGCGCCCUACGCAGGGUAAAUGGACUAAAAUAUAUUAUAAAUUUUAGUCUAUAAUUAUUAAAAAGAUAAAAUCAUAGUCACAAAUUUUAAAUGUUACAUAAUGAAAGAUUGAAAGAAAUUGUGCAUGUUGAAUAAGCAAAAACUUAUAUAAAAUUAGUUAUGAAUUUAAGAUAAAAUGAUACAUAGGCAAUAGAAUUAUUGUUUUCAGAAUAUAAAUUAUGAGUAUAAAAUAAAACGAAACAUAGACUAUAGAAUAAUAUAAUAUGAAAGAAACAAAUUAUAAGGAAACAAAUUAUAGGCCACAAGGAUUUAGUCAAUCCAAUAUAAUCCAUCGCAAGAUUAAUGGCAAAAAAAAUCCUAAAAUUUUGUGUACAAUUUUUAGUUGGUCAUGAAAGUUGUGUAUAAAUUAGUAGUAACUUUUCUAUAUUAACUGAAACCAGAUUGCGUUAUGUUGAUUGCUUAUAUGAGUUUCUCAUAUUUUGUUUAUUGCAUAAAUUACGGUCGUAAAAUUAGUAAAAAGAACCAAAUAAAUAUAGGAAACCAAUAUUGUUGGAUUUAAUAUUAAAAGACACCAUCAAACCUCUCAUUUAUUUAAAUUUUAGGGUUGAUUCUCCAUUUAUUUACUUGAAAUAUGUUUAUUAUAUAUUCCUUCCGUUUCAAAAUAAUGUAUUAUAGAGUUUUCACACUUAUUAAGAAAACACGUAAAAUUUUGAAAAUAAAUUCAUUGUUUUCCGUGAAUUCAAAAUAACUAUUUCUUAUGAUUUUUAACCAGUCAAAGUUCAGUAAAUACAAUUAAUAUCUUUGAAAUUUACAAUUGCCCUUAUUACAUACAUUGAAAAGGUAAAAUAUUUAUUUAAAAAAAAAAAAAAUUCUAAAAUAUUGAUCAUUCUGAAACGGAUGGAGUAUAUGUUUAGAUAAAUGAUAUAUGUUUAUACAAUAUUGUCCUAAACAUAGAAUUAGUUCAAAAAAGAAAAUAUUGUCCUGAAUAAGAAUCUUAGAUGAGAAGAUGAGAAUAAGUCAGAGGCUUUGAUAACAUUAUCUUCAUGCACAUCCGAGAAAUAUAGCUACGUCUAGGAUAUUAAAAAAUGUUAUAAUGUUCUUUUUAUAUGAAUAUGCGUACAAAGGAAAAAAAAACUGCAAACACAUAUAUAUAAGAACUAAAAAUCCCUAGAUAUCAAACAUUUAAUGUAAAAAACAUAUAAUAUAAUCACUAUCUAGUUUUGGUGUUCAAUGACAUUACAUGUAAUUUAUCUAGGCAAUAGAUGUAUUUUAAAAAAAAGAGUGUGAGGAGAACUCUCAUAUGAUGACAAAGAAGCAAUGACAAUUGUGUUAAUCACACAUGAAGAUAAGUUUAAUAAAUAAAAAUACUUAAGUUUAAUAAAUAAAAAUACUCCUCAAAUAAUAAAAAGGGGAUAUGAUUUAUAAUUUUAACUUUAGGUAUUAAAUUAAUAUAAGUAUAAUUAUAAAUAAUAUUAUAUAUAUACUUAUAUGUUUGGAUAUGUUCGGAUACUAAUUUGGUUCUCGGUACGGAUAGGAUUUAGUUUCGGUUUUUCGGGUUUUGAAAAGGAACUCUUUCAGGCAAGAUCUCACCGGGUUCGGUACAGUAAUUUUGAGUCGGUUCCAGAUCAAUACUUCGGGUAUGGGUAUUUUGCCCAGCUAAUUGAGAAAUAGUCACUUUGGAUCGUUAACACCCAACCUGCACUUCAAAAUAUUGUCUAGACAAAAUUUGUUGCAUCUUAGGACUUAGACAAACUCCUUUACUUAGGUAGGCGUUUCUCAUAGAGGAGGUCCACUAUGAUACAAUUCGCUCCUCAAAAGAGAAAAAUGAUUACAAUAAUCAUGAAUUCAUGAUGAAGAACUUGAUGAAUCCACCGGUAACUGAAGGAUUACUGAACUUUAACGAAAAAGAGGAAUACGAUAUUGUGUAGCUGUGUGCACACGUGUUUUAGUAAAAAAGUUGGUGAACCCACCAAUAAUUUUUACCAGGCAAGUAAAAAAUACUUCCACAUAAAAAUGGGUUAUGAAACUGUUGUUGAAAGAUGAACUCUUUAAAGUGUCCCUCCAAGGGACCACAAACAGCCACCCACUGCUUCAACUGAAAGAAGCAAAUAGAUAACCCACCUUUUUUUUCUCUCAAACAAAAUCCUUAUUUUGUGUAUUUGAACGAUAAUUAAUUACACAUUAAUAAGUAAAUCAAAUCACACAUAAAAAAAACACACAAACAAAAAAAAAACAGAGGAAACAGAGAAGGUAAAGGGAAGAGAAU